CCUUCCUCUCUAAACUCCUCUUUUCCUCCAUUGAAACUAUAAAAACCCCCAACAAACCAUUUCCGCCUCCUCCAGACGUUUCCUCAUUUUCUCACGAUUAAUCUCUCAACUCAACCUCCACCUGAAAUCUCGCCCGAAAUCAGAUUGCCCGAGAAAAAUCCUCAUCACAUGAUUUGACCGAGAUCUAAUCGGAGAGAGAGAGAGAGAGGGGGGGAGAGAUAGAGGAGAGAGAGAGAGAGAUGGGGAAGAAGAGGAAGUCGGUGGCGACGAGCCUGGACGAGGUGGAUCGGACGAUGUACUCGACGUUCUGCGGUGCGGCCAACUCGCUGUCCCAGCUCUACACGCAGGCCAUGAACCAACAGAAGCUCACGCUUCAAGCUGGCGAGCGCCACGGGCUGGAAAAACUUUACCAGUGGAUUUUGAUACAGCAAGAGGGAGGAUCAAGAGUAAAUACUAAUGACAUACUCAACUACUUGCAGACUGAGCUGGACUAUUCUGGAGAGGAGCCGUCAAUGUCACCUAGAUUACCACACCAAAAUCAUCAUCCACAGUCCACAAUGCAUGGUUUCCCAUUCUCUUCAGGCCCUUCUGGUGCAUCAAAUCCUGGAUCAGGUUUCCAGACCGAGCACUCUGAUCCGCAGCCCAAGAAUUACGUUUUCUCUAAUGCUCUGUCUAGCCCUAUCCGUCGGAGUCUUCAAAAUUAUCAUAUUUCACAAGGCGAUUACCAUCCCACAAGUGUUCAAUCCUCUGUGAAUGGAUUCACGAACAAUGAACCCAACUCUGUGCAACACCUGAAUGGGGAUUCAAAUUCUUUCAACUCCAAUGAUUCGUCCAUGGAUAUGCGUCCUGAUAGUCCGAACCAAUGAGCCUUCUUACUAAAAAUUCCUAAGGUUGUGUUUGGAUCAUGGACGUGUGGAGGGAGAGGAAAAUAUAAGAAAGAAAAUGAAGUGAAAGAGCUACAUUUAUUGCUUUUGUUGCCCUUUCAUCUACCCUUCCAUUAGUAAGUCUCUCUACAAAUUCAUGAUCCAAACACUAAGUAGUUGUGUCACAAGCUUGCUCACAAUGCGUUGGUGAUGCGUGUUAAAGCUUUCGCGUCUGUUGAUGGUGUGCUUAGGGCAGGUUGUUAUAGGAAAGAAGACACAACAUGGGAAUGGUUUCUUCAUACAAGAAUAAACAAGUGAUGGUGGUGACUUGUAGAAGCGCGUUGAGAAAAGUAGAUUGUAGAUUGGUGUUCGUUUCUUGUGGGAUGCGAUAUUAUUAGCACUAAACCUGUCGAAGGGAUUUGUUUUCUGUUAUCAGUCUGUCCGGUUGGGGCUUCUAUGUUUCAUGUAAAGUGUUCCUUUCACUUUGGUUCUGGAAAUUCUAUUUGAACUGGUAUUGUUAAUUGUCUUUAUUGAGUGUUGUUUUCUCAGUGAAA